AUGGAGAAAUUUUUAUUAAGUUCUCCGACUCAAUUAUCACAACCAUAUGAUGAAUCAACUAUAUUAUUUGAUGUUUAUGAAGAUCCACCACAUCAACAACAAAUUAAUUCGCAACAUUCACAACAACAUUCACAAAUUUCACAAAUUUCACAAUUUAAUACGAAUUCAACAAAUAUAAAUCUAGCUAAUACAACUACAACUUAUGAAAAUAAUAUAUUACCAAUUAAUCAGUCAAUUGACAACCAUUUUUUACAAUAUAAUCAAAAUUACAACAAUAAUAAUAAUAAUAAUAAUAUACCAGACGAUGAAAUAGUUCCAAUUCUGACUAAUUUACCCGAAAAUAAAUAUAAUGAAUUAAAUUUCUAUCAUUCGAGAAAUAUAUCAUUAGAUUAUCCAUUAUCUUAUAAUAAUAAUAAUAAUGUAAAUGGUCAUGGACAUUCAAAUUCUGUGACUUCAAUAAAUCAAGAACCACCUAUGCAAACACAACAAAAUUCAAUUCCAAAUUCAACAUCUAUAUAUUCAUUAGAUUCUAUAUCAUCAUUUGAUCAAUAUCCGCAACAAAUGCAACAGCAUCAGUUUCCUAUGCAACAACAUCAGCAACAACAUCAGCAACAACAUCAGCAACAGCAGCAGCAACAGCAGCAACAGCAACAACAACAACAACAACAACAACAACAACAACAACAACAACAACAACAACAACAACAACAACAACAACAACAACAACAACAACAACAACAACAACAACAACAACAACAACAACAACAACAACAACAACAACAACAACAACAACAACAACAACAACAACAACAACAACAACAACAACAACAACAACAACAACCUUAUCCAUAUACUCCAAGACGUAUUAGAAAUAAAUCAUUAAGUAUAUCAUCAUAUACUACACCUUUACGACAAGGUCAAGGUCAAAACUCUACUCAACCAUUUUCGUAUACUCCAAUAAAUUUAAGUACAACAGCAUUGAAUAAAAUUACAAAAAGUGGAACUACUCCUAAUAAACAUCAUUCAAGAUCAAGGUCAAAAAAUUAUUCAUCAGUAGAUGUACAUACUUUACAACUGGUUUUAACAAAUUCACAUAAUUCAAAUUCAAGUUCAUAUACUUCUUCAGCUUCAAAUCCCUUUUUCACACCUUUAAAUAUGAAUGGAAGAGUUAAAACUUUAGAUGAUGUAGAUGAUGAAACUUCAUUAUUAACACCAGGUUCAAAAAAUAAUAUUUCGAAACCAAAUACAAAUUCAACUACUUUUUUCAGUCCAUUUCAUCAUCAAGCAAAUACCAAUAUUGAUGAUUCAAAUAGUGAUUUAGAUGAUGAAGAUGAUGAAGAAGAUGCUUUUAAACUGUUAAGAAAAGCUAAAUCAUAUUCUAAUUUAAUGAAGAGGAAAAGUCAACAAAGUAUAACAAGUCAAAGUCAACCAUUACCAACUAUUUCAGCACCAAGAAUUGAUUUAUUAUCACCAGAAUUUACAUAUCAAGAACAAUCAACAAAUAUUGAUUUAACUUAUCAAAAUCAACCACCACAACAUCAACAAUCGCAGCCACCACAAUCAACUGAACCAUCUACAGCAACAACAUCGACUAUUACUUCACCACAUUUAUUACCACCAAUGGCAACAUUUAAAAAAGACAAAGAGGCUAAAAAGAAAGAAGCAAGAAAGAAAAAAGAAAAGAAAGAAGAGAAGGAAAAUAUUGAUUCUGAUGAUGAUACAACUAUAACAAUUCCAAUUCCUGAUGAUUUAGAUAUUACUAGACCAAAAGUUCGAAAUAAUAGAUCAGAAAUGAAUAAAUUGGAUCCAAAAAAGAAACAUAAAUGUCCUAUUUGUGAUCUGAGAUUUCAAAGACCAGAACAUGUUAAAAGACAUUUAAAAAGUCAUACUCUGGAAAAACCAUUUGAAUGUGUGGAAUUGAAUUGUGGUAAAAGGUUUAAUAGAAAAGAUAAUUUAAAAGCUCAUUUAAAAAAGAUUCAUGGUAAGAUUCCUGAAAAGAUAUAG